AUGAGGAAGGAGAUGGACAAACUGAGGAACGCCAUCAAGGAGAAGAUAGACCGAAGCGUAGACAGAAUGGUAAGAGCCACAGAUUCACCUUCCACCGCGGUAGUACUUGAAUGCCCCGUGCUGUUAAAGUUUCGUUUACCUCAACUUGAGCCAUUUGACAGACUCAGAGACCCUCAGGAUCACCUUAAUACCUUCAAGACGAAGCUAGGUCUUCAACAGCCACUCGACGAGAUAUUGUGUCGUUCCUUUCCCACCACUCUCAAAGGAGCUGCAAGGGAAUGGUUCACAAAGUUGCCGACAUCGUCCGUUGACAACUUUGAGCAAUUGAGCAAUGCCUUCUUGCGUCACUUUAUAGGGGGCCAGUGUCCAAAGAGGCCGGCGGACCACUUACUCACCAUUAGACAUGGAGAGAAGGAAACCCUGAGGUCGUACGUGAAACGCUUUACCCGGGAGACUCUAGAGGUGGACGAAGCUGAUGACAAGGUGCAGUUGACGACCUUCAAAGUGGGACUGAGAUCCAGAGAUCUCGUGGCUUCACUUGCAAAGAAUCCUGUAAAGACGAUGGCAGAAAUGCUUCUGAAAGAACAGAAGUACAUGAAUGCUGAAGACGCUUUAGCAGCCAUAAAGAAUGCAGAGAAGCCAGGAGACAAGGGAAAGAAGGAAGAUGAGCGUAGGGGUCAAAAGAGGGAGCGCCCAGAUCGUCGGAACUAUGACGGGAACAGAAGAAAGGAUGACAAAGGUCCUCGGACAGUAAAAUUUACUCCUCUAGUUCUGCCUGUUGACAAAAUUUUAACGCAGAUUAAGGACGAGCACUAUCUCAAAUGGCCGAGACCAUUACACUCAUCCCCUAACGUUUGUGAUAAGAACAAGUAUUGCCGAUUCCACAAGGAUCACGGCCACAACACAGAAGAUUGUAGGGACCUAAAGGAGCAAAUAAAGGAGUUGAUACAGAAAGGGAAAUUACAGAAAUAUGUGAAGAAGGGGGAAUAUAGUAAGUUUAAGGACGGCAAUAAGAGCCAGCAUGAGUCAUAUUCCAGGAUUGACGACCACCCAUCCCAACCUCCACAGGAUGUGAUUGGGGAGAUAAGGACAAUUACAGGAGGGCCCUUCUCAGGAGGGUCAUUUAAAUCCCUCAAGAAAGCUUACCAGAGGCAGGUGAAUAGCGUCCACACGAUACCUCCGUUUAAGCAGCAACGAACGAACCGGGACAUGUCCUUCAGUGAAGUGGAUGCCAGGGGAGUGAAGUAG